AUAUCUCUUAUUUUCAAAAGCAUAAUUCGGUGUAGUUAGAUUCUUUGAAUGCACAACCAUCCAACAUGAAGUACAACUUGAAAUGAACCUCAUGCAUCGGUCUUUCAAUUAUUCAACACUGAAGCAACUGACAACAGUUAAUAAACCAUGAAGACAUUCACCUUGAAAGUGGGCGAUACAACAAAUGUUACAAUGACAGCUGAUGAAACUUUCAAAGAUCUCAAAGAAAAGUUGCAGAUGAAUAAUAUAGAUUUCGAUGUUAUGACAUUGCAGAUCAAAGGAAAACCUAUAACUGAUAAUCUGGCUGUUGCAAAUUACAUCAAUUUUGAUCACAAUAGACCAGAUGAUGAGGCGGUUGAAUUUGUGUUACCAGAUCUACCAGAUGUAGCACCAAUACAUAAUAAAGUUCCAAGCACUAAAGAAUUAUGCAAUGGAUUAUUGUGCCGCUUAUGUGGCAUAAAAACUGAAGACCCUAUACGAAUAUUUGGCAAAUUUCAAGAUAUCAGCAAAAAAAUCAACAGCCUGAUCCCACUAUCAAUUUCACGGAAUGAUCAAUUGUCAAAGCACAUUUGUACAACUUGCCUCCAGAAGCUGGAUAUCAUAAAUGAAUUCAUAGCAAUUUGUAAAGAAACGGAAGAAAAAUUUCACUCCAUUUUGAGAUUAAAAGAGUCUCCAAUAGGAGCAGAAACAGGAAUUCAGCAUUCAGAAGGUGAUGAGAAGAACUUAUUAAUUGAUGAUAGAACAACGAUUUAUCAAUGUCCAAAUUGCAAAAUUGAUCUGAAGAUAACCAGAAUUAUCGAAUCGCAGAAUUGUCAAAGUACAUCGAAGAUUUUGUCAAAUGUCUCUAAACCAACCCUCAAACGUGUUGCGCAAAGGUCUCAUAAUUUACGAAGCUCUAAUGCUAAUAGGAGGAUCUGUACAAGAUUUGGAAAGACUUCAAAGAAAUUUAGUAAGACAGCUGCUCAAGAAAAACCGAGUGGCCUUGAGAGAGUGGCGAAAGAAAUUGAAAAUACUUCCACUCCAUUGGAAUUGAAUAGUGAGAGCACUCUUUCCAGCAGUAUAGGAGAAAUUUUAUCUGUGAAUAAUGCAAAUUGUCGAGAAAAGGGGAAGAUGAAAUUACGCGAUAUAAGGAAAAGAAUGUCAACAGGAGAACCUGCCACUGAGAAAAUUGUUGAUCCAGGAAAUGUUAGAAUAUCAGAUUCUGACGCUUUAGAAGAUGCUUUGUUUUCUAUCAACUCUGAACCCGAAGUUUCUGGUAUCACAGGAGAAUUUGUGGAGUUUAAUACUUUGGAAGAGAAUAGUAAUGAGAGCAUAAAAAAGCGCUCAAGAUUUAAGUGUGAAUCAUGUGCAGGCGAAUAUUUUUCCCAAAAGAGAUACUUGUUUCAUCUAGAAAGACAUGACUCGGAAAAUUUUUAUGACUUUGAAUGCACUAUUUGUAAGAAAAAGUUCUCGACUGAAGAUGUUCUCUGGGAACAUCGCCAAUACCAUUUCACUGAUAGUCCUGAAGGUGCUGAUGGCUCUCAUGACAACGUAGUUGGGUCACAGUCAGAAGCUAAUCGAAAAUCAACAAAAUCAACGUGUGAAGAGUGUGGAGCACGCUUUGUGCUUCGUGAACGUUACGAGUUUCACAUGGAAAGACAUAAGUCAGGGAACAUUAAAGUGUUUUUUUGCAUGAUAUGCAGUAAGCGAUUCAAAAGUGAAAAUAUACUAUGGGAUCAUUAUCAGUAUCAACACAAAUCUGGUGAACGCUUUGCUUGUAUGACCUGUCACAAGACUUUUGUAAAAAGAGCUAAUUUGAGUUAUCAUUUAAAAACCUUUGGGCAUAAAGGAGGAAAAAUAGUAGCUAUCCCAGAUCAAAUUCAAAAAACCGAUAUUGAAACUGGAAUCAAAUUAUCAGAUGUCAGCAAACCUAGGCCUAAAAUAACCUGUGUUGAGUGCGGAGCACGCUUUGUUCUGCAGGAACGCUAUGAAUUUCAUUUAGAAAGACAUAAGACUGGAAAAAUGGACAUAUGCGUGUGUUCUUUGUGUGGGAGAGAGUCAACAAACGAAAACGUAUUAUGGGACCAUUAUCAAUAUAUGCACAAAAGAACGAAGCGGUAUGCAUGCACAACUUGCGGGAAACUGUUUCACAAACAAUCAAUGUUGAGUAGACACCAAAUGAAGUAUGGACACAAAGGCAAAAAGGAAAUAGAUGUUGAUACUGAUGGGAACACUGUAUCAGUAGAUAGCGCGGCUUUUAAAAAAGUAAUUGCUGAAGAAGUGGUGGAGAUGAAGUCAGUAAAUUGCGUUUUAUGUGGUGAACUUGUCCGAGGUGUAGAUCCUAAUCUGAUAAAUGAUGCUGUGACUUGUGCAAACUGUGAAGGUCCAGGACUAUCUUUGCAAGUUGAUUCUGAUGGAGCAAAAGUGAUCUCUCGAAGACAAUAUCAUUGUAAUAUGUGUAACAAACAUUUUACUACCAAAGAUAGGCUGGAAUACCACAUAAUGAGACAUUCAGAAAACAUGGACGAGUUCAUAUGCAGUACUUGUGGAAAAGAGUUGAGUACAGAACAAGCCCUGUUCGAGCAUUAUUUAUUUGUUCACAAAGGUGCCAGGCCACACGUUUGUGAAUUAUGUGGGAAAUCCUAUCAGUUUAAAGCCAGAUUGAAGGAACACAUGAGAAGUCACAGUGGGGAGCGCCCUUUUGCGUGUGAAAUCUGUGGGCAACGAUGUAUGACUAACAAUGCCUUAAGAUCUCACAAAAAAACUCACAUCACAGAGAAACGUUUUCCUUGUCAAAUUUGUAAGAAGGCAUUCAGAAAAAGGCAAGACCUGAAUGAACAUUUGGAAAGACAUUGGAAGAAUGACAAAACAAUGAUGUUUCCCCAAGUGUUUAGUUGUGCAGUUUGCCUUGAAAUGUUUCCUACAUUUAGAAUUCUGAAAAAACACAUGAAGGAAACACAUAGGGUUGAAAAUCAGGAUCCAAUUUUACAAGAUCUCCAACCUUGGUUCGAGUGUGAAGAUUGUCACGAAAAAUUCAAGCAUCAGAUGUCAUUAAAGGUACACAGGGAGAGAGCACACGAGGGAAAGAUGAGACCAGUGUACCACUGCGAUGUUUGUAACGUGACUUAUAAAAAUGCAAGAGUACUUUCGAAUCAUAUUAAGAACAAACAUCAGGGAGGCAAACGUUACAAAUGCGCACAGUGUGGGAAGGAAUACAACCAAUCCACAUCGUUGCAUAAUCAUAUUUUACUUCAUACAGGGGAAAAGCCAUUCAGCUGCGAGCAUUGUGAAAUGACAUUUAGAACCAAAGAAUCUCGUGAUCACCAUCAACGAAAGCACACUGGUGAACGUCCUUAUAAAUGCCCAAGAUGUGAUAAGACAUUUGCAACAACGACCCAACGGAGGGAACACCGCAAGCGGGAACACGACGAGGGGAACACUCACAGUUGCCCAGAGUGUGGAAAGGUGUGUUUCGAUGAACAUGGAGUAAGAAGUCACCUAAACACGCAUUUCAGUGAUAGAUUCAAGAAUAUACAAGAAAAUUAGACGUGAAAUUAUUUGUAGAGCUAAUUUUAUGAUGUAUUGGUUAUUGUACAAUCAAGUUUUCUUUGAAAAUAUUCAUAGCUCUAUAAAAUGAUUUCUAUAUUGGUAGUCGACUAUGUACAUGAUUUUAUAGAUGUAAAUGUACCAAUAUUGAAAUUAUGGUCAUUUCUACAAAAAUGAAAUUGUUUUCGAUGAUAGUUUAACAAUCUGCUUUAAUUAAUUGUUAAUUAAUUGAAUCAGCAUACUUUAUAGGUAUGUGUGUGUCAGGUGGAAUAAUUUUUCUGAACUUUACUAUAGAUGAAAAAAAUACGAACAAUCUUCAAAUAAAUAAUUUUGGUAAAAAUUAUACUG